AUGGCCGUCCCCAGGGCCCUGCUGGCCCUGCUGCUCACUGCAGCCUCGGCUGUGAGCCUGGGUGAGGCCUUAAGUUGCAUCACCUGUGAGCAGCCCACGGCCCUUCCUCUGUGCAAGAACGUUACCUACUGCAAGCCGGACGAAAUAGCCUGCAAGACCACGCUGGUGACGGUGGAGGCAGAGUUCCCCUUCAAUGAGAGCCCUGUGGUGACCAGCACCUGUGCCAGCUCUUGCGAGGCCACCGACCCAGACAGCAUCGGGGCUGCCCACCCCAUCUUCUGCUGCUUCCAUGACCUCUGCAACUCCGUGGGCGUUGCCAGGCUCAGUGCCGGGGCCCUGGCCCCCCUGGGGGCCGUGGUCCUCAGCCACCUCCUUUCCUGA